UUAUUUUCAAAAUGUCAAAACGGUUCUAUUUUUAACAAUAAUAUGGAAAAUAUAGCUGAGAAUGGGUUUUAGCUUUUUAAUGUGUUUGCGUGCCAGAGCUCAACAACGUGAAAGCUCUGCAAUGUCCCGAGGAGUAUUUAAAAGCUUAAAGAUACCACUUUAAAACCCGGACAAAUUAGUCAUCUUUAUAAAUGUUUUUGUAAUUGGCUAAAGAUUCUUCCGAAUACGCUCCCGUAUAUUUAAAGAAAAGCUCUUUUCUGGCCCUAACCAGUUUGCAACGUAAUCCCAUAUUAUCGAUUCUAUUAACCUCCAUGUUUGGUGAUAAAAAAGCGAAUAAAAUUAUAGAUUUUGCUAAAUAUCUAAGCAAUUUUCAAGCUUUCAGUUCAUCCCUAAAACCCGAGCAAAUUAACGAAAUUAAACAAAGGAAAUUGAAAAUUCUAUUCAACAUGUAUGAUCAUGAUAAGAAUGGCAUUAUUAGUGAGGAAGAUUUAAUCUUUGUGGUGCAUAAAUUAUUUUCGGAUAUUUGGACUACACAACAGAUCAUGAAUGUGGCCUCUAUGAUGAUUUUCGAAAUGGAUAGUUCUAAACACUAAUCAAAUUUUAUUCAAUGAUUUUUGUACCGCUUUCGAAAUUUUGAUAUGGAAGAAUAUUUGAUAACCAAAAUACCCAGUGGAGGAGGAAGAAUUUAGAACGAUUAACCGUUUUUUUUUUUUUUUAAUAAAAUUUA